CAGGUUUCGGUGUUGGUGAACGGAAGUGUGUAAUUCAAUUUCCGGUGGCGGUAGAGCCGGUGGAGAGAAAGAAAGUGAAGGAAGGAGAGAACGUGGAGUGAGGGAGGAAGGAAUGCUGGAGUAUUUUUAGUUGGUCACACCGUGUGCCUUUGUGGUGUUUAUGUGGGAUUGGAAACUGUUGACAGGAAUGAACGCAGUGGGGAACGGGGUCUCUGGCACUGCCCUCAUAGACCGCACUAUCCAGAUGAGGAAGGAGGCACAAGCCAGGAAGGUGAUGCUGCUCUGGGGCUUGCUCAACGUGGGACUCGCUGGAAUGGUCUACAUGGAAAUGACUGGCAAGUUGCUGUGCAAAUUCUACAACAUCAGCUACUGGCCCCUGUGGUACAUUGAGCUUGUGCUGGUCACCUUAUUUUGCCUGAAUGCUUUAUUUGACUUCUGGUGUUACUUCAGGAGUGCUGUGGUCCCAGCUAACCUUGUGAUGACCCCACAGCAGCAAACCCUGCUGGGAAUGAUGAACCCAGCAAUACUGACAACUCCGCAGCAGAAACCAGCCACCCCAUCCACUCCCAAGAGCUCCUCACCAGGCACUGGGCAGGGACAAAACGUACUAUCUUAUAGCCCUCAACGCCCACUUGGCUCCUGCCCGAAGUACAGCCCUGGCUGUAUAAUGGGGUUUAGUCAGAGUGGGCCAACGCCUUCCCCGCCAGGCAGUGGAUCCUUUCCAUCCUCAGUGAUGUACUCAUCUAGUAGCAGCUUCAAUACGGGAUCUCCCUUCAGUCCUGUCCAGAAUACGUCUUUGUACAGUAACAACAUUGGGAAUGCAGACAGCUCCAGCCUGAGAGCUCGAUAUCGAUCUGCUCCUUCUGUGUACAGUGCACCCCUCACUCGAGAUGAAUGUCUGACUGAUAUGAAGUCUCUGGAGAAAUUCCUUCGCUCUGAAGAGGAGAAACAUGGUCGCAGUCAGCUGGGAACACCAGAAUGUACAUCCAGUAGCAGCAGUCCUACCUCCUUUUGGAACUACAGCCGAACCACAGGUGACUAUGCACAGUCACUACGCAAGUUCCAAUACCAGCUCGCCAGCCGUUCCCAGGCCCCAUCUGCCCACAAGGAUGACACUGACCUGGGCUCCAAACUACUUGCAGAAGAGGUGUGGAUUAGGCUGAAUAUGAGUCGACAGCAGUUGGACCUCCUCGAUUCUUGGACAGCCAACCUGAGGAAUUGGAUCAAUGAGACAAUUUUGAAUCGUUUGGUCAGUGAGAUUGAUGGUGUGAACACACAACUAAGGAGAUUGGGAUGUCCCGAGCUGCAAGUAGGAGAGACGAGUAUCAGCAGCCUAAGGCAAGCAGCUUUGGUCAGAGCUCCCCAGAUUCCAACACUAAAUAUAGUUGUCCAGUACUUGGACAUCACUUCAAAUCAAGAGUACCUGGUUGAGAGGAUCAAAGAGCUUGCUCAUGGUGGUUGUAUGAGUUCCUUCCGUUGGAAUGGAGGAGGAGAGUACAAGUCUAGGAAAUGGGACACAGACCUUCCCACUGACUGUGCGAUUAUAAUGCAUAUGUUCUGCACUUAUCUUGACUCCAGGCUGCCUCCACAUCCCAAGUACCCUGAUGGGAAAACAUUCACCUCCCAACAUUUCAUUCAAACUCCAGAUAAACCAGAUAUCAUGAAUGAGCAUUUGUUCUGUAUACAUCAAAGCAACAUCAAUCCUCCUCACUACCAGCUCAUCUACCAUGGACAGGUGUAUAAUUUGCCAAAGGACAGGAGCAACAUGUUCCACACCAUUCUGAUGUUUUUAUACAUAAUUAAAACAAAGGAGUCAGGAAUGUUGGGGAGAGUGAAUCUGGGUUUGUCUGGAGUGAACGUUCUUUGGAUUUUUGGAGAGUAAGAACAAUUGCCAGGAGAUGUAACUAAAAAUAUGUAUUUGAUUUGUGCAGAAGUUGAACAGAUUCAGCAUUUUGGCACCUCACUUCACUUCUACAACCCCCUUCCGGCAUCCCAUCAUCUUUCUUCUUGACCUUUCUUAUACUGACAAUUGGCAGAAAUAUGGGGUGCUGGACCAGAAAGUCUGAAGCCAACAUUAGAAUUUUUCUCUCUGAACCUCCUGAGGUUGUGUGCUCACUAAAUGUUUGUCUGGCUGCUGUGCAGCUGCUUCAGUACAGAGAAACUUUUUUUCAAAACGAAAGCUUUUAUCGCUCCUAAUGUUUAAAGGAAAAGGCCUCUUUUAUAAUGACCAGUGGAAGUAUGUAAUUUUCAUGCUCUUCAAAGUAUUACGUGAAGUAGCAAAACCCUGCUGUAUUUGUUAUGAAAGAAGAGUAUCAACUCCUGUCAGUAUCAUAGUAUUUCUGUUCGGGCAAAGGAAUUGUUGUACAGAGCAUCUGAGGGUGGGAGAGACAGAACUUGUGUUUUCUUUGCUUGUCUGUAAGGGCACAGAAUAGAUGCCUCAAACUAUGGAAUAAUGGCACCACUGCCCUAGGUCAUGUGUCUGAUCUUGCUCUGUUUUUAUAUUAAUGAAGUUAACUCCUCCAUGCUGAAACUUUUAUUCAUAUUUUUAUAUACUGAACAGCCUUGAUGCAAGUACUGUGCAAAUUGCUUGAGUUGUUUAGGUAGGUUGUCAAAAGAUGCAGUCUGUUUCAAUUUAUAAAUGCCUGAGCAUGAAUGUUAGUGAAACCGAGGUUCACCAGUUUUACUGGGAGCUGAUGGGUAAAGGCAAAUACUGGAUGCAGUCUCAGCUCUGUAAUCAGUUUAAAUCGUUAUGAUAAAUGUAAGCUACUCUAAAGGUCCUAUGUAUUUAAUGUGGGCUGCUUCAAUCUACCUCCCAGUACAUAAUUUGUCCUUCCCAGUUCAAGGAGUGGUUCAUCUCGUGUUGCUGAAGACCUCUAUCGAUCCCCAAAAUGGAAAGGCACUUUACUGUGAAACAAAUCUAGAAAGUGCUGGACCUGCACCUCGGAAUUGUGCUCUUCCCCUCAAGCCGCCCGCUCUCCUUCAGUGAUGACUACAGUUUUGUAAUAUUAUUGAGCAAGUUCAACUGACUCAUACGUCAGAGAUCCUAAUAUAUUAGAUAUCUUUUUCCAUAUUUUAAUUUUUUUAAGUUAAACCAUCAAAACCAGGUCUGCCUCGACAUUCAGUUCAAGGAUUGCAUUUAAGUGAGUUGCUCUAUUUAAAGAAAGCUUGUACUCUACGCUCCUCUCCAUUUUGAGCAGCACUAACUGAAGCACUGGGUUGGCUCAUAAAAGCAAAGUAGUGUGCAUAUUGGAGAUAUAAAAUAAAAACAAAUUGCUGAAGAAACACAGCAGGUCUGGCAUUAUCUGUGAGGAGAGAAAGUGUUAAAGUUAUGAGUCCAAUGUAUUUUUUGGAAUGGAAGGAGAGUGGAAUAAAAUUUUUUCAUAGUGUUGACAAAGGGCAAGGAGGGAAGAGAAGCGAGUGGAACAGAUAGUGAGGUUCCCCACAGUAAAUGACAGAGAUUGCUAAUGGUAGUCCUUUGGCUGUUUUGGGCAAAGCUGAGGCCUUUCGAACUAUUUGGUUUGGUCAAUGACAACAACCCCCCC